CUUGAAGUGGCCUCAUUGCCAUGAAUAUUUUACACCAAUUGGAGACGGCGGUCGAGCGACCGACAGAACCUCGUGCGACCGUGCUUGGCUGCCAUCCCAUGUCCCAAGUCCAGAGAAGAGCGAAGAGAGACAAGAAUCCAAGAGAGGGGAAGCAGCGAGAUCAUUGGCGGUGGCAGCGGCUAUGUCACCGCAUCCCCACCUCCGCAUCACCUCGUCAAGUGGGUAAGGCCGAUAAUUUACUUGCAGGCAUCCAACUUCGACCUCUCCUCCCCUCCCCUUCCCCUCUCCUCUCUUUUUCUCUCCACCUCCUUCGCUCUUUUUUUCCUUUUUCCUUUCCUCUCCUCACCCCUCUCUCCUCACACCAUGUCUAACCCCUAUAAUCGCCGCUCGCUUCCCGACUACUUCAUCUCCUCCCCUCUCACAGCUCUCCUCUACCCUUUCCACCAAUGUCUCCUUCGACUCCGCGGACCCCCUCGACUCCCUCCUCCAGACGCCCGUCCCAUCCGCGUCGUCUGCAUCUCAGACACCCACAGCCUAGAAUGGGCCGACAUCCCGGACGGCGAUCUCCUCAUCCACGCCGGCGAUCUCACCAAUGACGGCAGCGUCCGCGACAUCCAAGCCGCCGUCGACUGGCUUCGCGCCCUGCCUCACCCUCACAAAGUCGUCGUCUGCGGCAACCACGACAGCUACUUCGACGUGCGCUCUCGCCUCGCCGAAGACCGCGACGCCUCCUCCUUCACGGCCGUCUCCUCAUCCACCGCCUCCCUCCGCUCCCUCGACGAACUCGACUCCCCAACCCGCAUCGAAUGGGGCGACGUCCACUACCUCCAACACUCCUCCGUCACGCUCUCCUUCCCUCCUCCCUCUGCGCCCUCAGCAUCCUCCACAUCGCCCCUCACCACCACCCCCUCCCGAACCCGCUCCCUCACCCUCUACGGCGCCCCCCAAGUCCCCGCCCUGAUGUCCUUCGGCCCCGAACACGCCUUCACCUACCCCCCCUACUACGACGCCUGGUCCGGCACCGUCCCCGCCGCCACCGACAUCCUCAUCACACACACCCCGCCGCAAUCCCACCUCGACAUGUCCCCCGUCUACUCGACCGGGUGUCCCUACCUCCUCGCCGAGGCCUGGCGCGUGCGCCCCGCGCUCCACGUCUUCGGCCACAUCCACCACUCGUACGGCAUCGAGCCGGUGUUCUGGGACGGCGCCCAGCGCGCCUGGGAGCGGCUGUGUCUGUCGCGGCGGCGACGCGCGCGCUACUCGCGCUCCAGCGCCCUGUUCGGGUUCCUGCGCGACCUGUUCGACCUGAGUGGGUGGGUGGAUGCCACGCGGGUCCUGGGAUACGGCCUGAUGGGCGUCGUCUGGGCCAAGGUCUGGGGCGGCGAGGAGAUGGGGUGUGGCUGGAUGGUUAAUGCGGCGUGCAUGUAUGGUGAUUCUGGGCGGUUGGCGAAUAAGCCGCAGGUGGUGGAGCUGUAGAGCUUCUAUCUAUCUAUCUAUCUAUCUAUCGGGCUCAGGUUGGACGAUCUGACUGGCUGACUGGCUCUCGCUGUAUAUAAGUAGAGAAUCGGUCGGGAAUGGAGGAACACGCGAAAGGAUGGAUGUGAGUGGGUGCCGGUGAUGAUGUGACGAGAGGAUGUGAUGCGAUGUAUAUACCAUACGUGUUUAUCGUUUACUCGAGCCUGUUACUUAAUUUUUGCAAGCAUUUUCAUGCUAGGUCUGCGUGCGUGGGUGUUUGGUGGUGUUUGAAAACUCGGUCAUGCAUUUGAAUCCGAAUUUGAGUACGGAAAAGAGAGGAAUGUGAUACUGAA